AUGAUGAGAGAAGUAGAAUUAGAAGAAGAAACUAGAGCGAAAUUGGAAAAUAAACCUAUAAGGGAUAUUAAAAUGAGGAUCAAACGGGAUAGAUCAUUAAAUCAAAGUAAAUUCAAUGUACCAUCUUGUAAUGAAGUAGCAGUUGUAUUUGUGAGUGAAAAUGGUGAACCUCCAGUGGAUCGUGAUAUAUGUAUACAUCCAAAAGGUUCUGAAAGUAUUCCCAUUUCUAUUCUUAGUGCAAACGCUGAUCCUAUGAUAUAUCCUUUAAUGUUUCCUUCAGGUGAUUCAGGAUGGACUGUAAACAUUAAGCAAAUUAAUAGUUUUCGUAAUGUUACUGCUUUACAAUUUUGUUUGUAUCGCCUUUCUUACAGAGGAAUGUUUAAUCCAUGUACGCAAACGGGAAAAUUAAGUCAACAAUUUAUAGUUGAUAUUUGGUCAAAAGUCGUAGCUGGACGCAUAAGUUUCAUUUAUAAAAAUCAAAAACAACUUCGAGUAGAAAUGUACUGUGGAUUAAUGGAUUAUGUACAUAAUAAAGCAAAUAGAGAAAAUGUAAAACCAGGAAGAAUAAUUAUUUUACCAUCAACAUUUACUGGAGGACCACGUUCGUAUCAACAAUCUUUUAUGGAUGCCAUGCGAUUAGUUCAAGAAUUUGGAAAACCUGAUUUAUUCAUUACAAUGACAUGUAAUCCAAAAUGGCGAGAGAUUAGAGAAAAUUUGUUAGAAGGUGAAAUUGCGUCUGAUCGACCGGAUAUUGUAGCUAGAGUUUUUCAACAAAAGGUAAAAUCGCUUAUGAGUGAAUUAAAAGAUAAAAAUAUUUUUGGAUUAGUUCUCGCUUAUGUGUAUGUAAUAGAAUUCCAAAAGCGUGGAUUGCCACACAUACAUUUAAUUUUAUUUUUGGAUAAAACUUUUGCGAUUCGUGAUGCAGAAUCUGUAGAUAAAAUAAUAUGUGCAGAAAUUCCAGAUGAAACAAAAAAUCCAGAACUUUUUAAAAUUGUAAAACAAUUUCAAGUCCAUGGACCUUGUGAAAAGCAAAAUAUGAAUUCGCCUUGCAUGAAUCCGGAAACAAAAAUUUGCGUGAAACAUUAUCCAAAACCUUUUUGUUCAGAAACAAAUUAUGAUUCAAAAAACUAUCCGGAAUAUAGACGAAGAAAUGAUGCAUGUGGUAGUAUAGGUGGUGUAAAAUACUUAUUUAAGUAUUGUUUUAAGGGCCAUGACUGUGCAAUAGUAGGUAUUAAAGAUAAUAAUGAUUUAAUGCACUAUGAUGAACCUCAACAUUAUUUGAAUACACGUUAUGUAUGUCCACCAGAAGCAAUGAAUAGAUUAUUCGAAUUUAAUAUGCACGAACAAUCACAUGCGGCAUACAGAUUAGCUUUGCAUUUACCUAAUCAACAAGCAAUAU